AUGGUAUCUAGAUCUGUUAAUUCAUAUGACGAUACUUCAGAUGAAGAUACGUUGCUUUUCAACCUGGAUGUGUCGGGUUUACCUCAGACGCAUAACCAGCAAUUAACUAAUUCACUGACAAAGGAGAACCAAAGACCUAUAAGUAAUAAGAAUUUAAAGCUAAACCUGGAAGAGGAUGAAUUUGGCGAUAAGAGGACCCUUUUUGAGUCUUUUCACGAACAUAAGUCUAGCACGGACGACGAAAGUUUUGAUCCGGUUAAGUUUGGGUCGCAUUCGUCAGACGGGACAGACAAUAGUACGUAUACUGAUGAUUUUGGUAACCGAUAUGAUCACGUUGACUUUAAUUCAAGACAGUAUACACUGAAGUUGAAGUUUAAAGGAAAGAGGUUGGUGUACUUCACGUCUGCAUUUGUUUCGCUAUUUGUUUCAUUAUUCGGAUACGAGCAGGGGGUUUGUUCUGGGAUUUUAACGUUUGUUACGUUUAUAAAGUAUUUUAAUGAGCCGACUUCAUCGGAGGUGGGUACUAUAAUAUCUAUUUUAGAAAUAGGAGCUAUGAUUUCAUCGAUGCUUGUGUCGAAAAUAUCCGACAGGUUUGGCCGGAAAAGGACUAUCUUGUUAGGGACGGUCAUUUUCAUGAUCGGAGGAUUGUUGCAAACGUUCGCUACAAAUUUAUAUGUUUUUAGCGUUGGCAGAGUUAUCAGUGGGUUUGGUGUGGGUAUUUUAUCCACCAUGGUUCCUUCUUAUCAGUGUGAGAUUUCCCCAUCAGAAGAAAGAGGAAAAUUAGUUUGUGGUGAAUUUACUGGUAAUAUAGCAGGAUACGCAUUGAGUGUGUGGGUAGACUAUUUCUGUUACUUUAUUCAAGACAUUGGCGAUGCUAGAGAAAAUCCUCAUUCCUUUGCCGCAAACUUAUCGUGGAGACUUCCGUUAUUCAUACAAGUUGCAAUCGCGUUUGUAUUACUUCUCGGGGGAUUUUUUGUGGUCGAAUCACCCAGAUGGUUGCUUGAUGUCGACAGCGACCAACAGGGCUUCCAUGUAUUAUGCUUAUUAUACGACAGUUCGCCAGAUGAUGAUAAACCACGUAAUGAGUUCUUCUUGAUCAAGAAUUCGAUUUUGAACGAAAGAAAGUUGGUUCCAAAGGCCGAAAGAAGCUGGCGUAAAAUGUUUUCUAAUUACUUAACGAGAGUGUUGAUUGCCUGUUCGGCAUUGGCAUUUGCCCAAUUCAAUGGUAUCAAUAUCAUAUCUUACUAUGCCCCUAUGGUGUUUGCAGAAGCAGGCUUCAACGACUCCAAAGCGCUCUUAAUGACCGGUAUCAACGGCUUGGUAUACCUAGCAUCCACCAUUCCUCCUUGGUUUCUCGUUGACAAAUGGGGCCGUAGGCCAAUUCUUAUCAGUGGUGGCUUGUCCAUGGCAGUAUGUUUUGCCCUUAUAUCCUACAUCAUGUACCUCAACCGAUCAUUCACCCCGUCAAUGGUCGCAUUGCUCGUUAUCAUCUACAACGCAUCGUUCGGCUACAGUUGGGGUCCCAUUGGUUUCUUGAUUCCUCCAGAAGUAUAUCCAUUAGCCGUGAGAUCCAAGGGAGUAUCGCUCUCCACCGCCACAAACUGGCUAAGCAACUAUAUUGUUGGCCAGCUCACCCCAAUCCUCCAGGAAUCAAUUGGCUGGGUUAUGUACAUUUUCCCAAUGUGCAGUUGUAUUAUUUCGGUGUUCGUUGUGUACUACUUCUACCCCGAAACAAAGGGUGCAGAAUUAGAGGAUAUUGACCGUUUGUUCGAUGAAUUCUACGGCAAGAAAACCCCUAUGAAUGAUUAUUCAUUGGUCACAAAUACGACCGAUAACAGAAAUGACGUAGAACUCGAUGAUUUGGACGAAUUAGAUUACGAAGUGGCUGAACCUGCUGUCAGAAGACAUUUGUUAUGA